AGCCACCCACCGACUCGUAUUCUUGGCCUGCAACCCCAUCGGGAGAGGGGGGUUAGACAUAAUCUUUGUAUCUGCCAAUUACUCGUGUCACUUUGAGUGUCUUUAAAAGCCGCGGUGUCUGCCCAGUCGUACUUCCCCUCUACUACUCUACACCACUUCUUGUCCUUCUUGUCGCUCUUGUCGCUCUUGUACGAGGCUGAGACUCCGUCGUUUCUUAUCUCAGCACCCGCCUGUGAUGACCAAGUCUUGACUAGUACACCAUUCAUCUACUGCCUCUUCACCAACUUACUCCUCUAGUGGCAAAUGAUCCACGCCAUCACGGCAUCAACCGGUCUUGCGAUAGUCCCACCGCCGAUCGUAUAAUCACCGCAACUACCCCAGAUCCAAAACCAAAUUAUACAAGAACUAGAUCAUUCAUCUCCAUUUUGAUUUCUGGGGACGUGGAUCAUCCGCACCACUCCACCGCUAUAAUUCAACGGUUGUUUUCGACCUACCAUUCCUAUCACUAUACUUACUCUCAGCACAUCUGCCACAUCCCACCAUGUCUCGAACCGAAUCAUCCAGCGACCUUUCUCUAACCUCGACGAGAUCGUCGACAAGAUCAAAUAUGCGCAUUGACAUGCCCGUACAACAGACCGAUUUCUCUACCAGUUCCGCCUCACAACCACGGGUACAGACACCAUAUGUUAUCGCGUCACUUCCUUCCCCCACCCAGAACCCACACAAGACCUCAUGGUCACACGCUGGAGCCCAGCACCACAUCCACAUUCCUACACCACACCCUGUAUCGGCAACCACGUCGUUCCUCGACAAGCAUGUCCCGAUGUUCUCUAAGCAUCACCAUGAAUUCGCCUUCAAUCACGAUGCUCGAGCCGCCAGACGCGAAGCCCGCAAAUCGCUUCAACAUACUGCCAUUCCCGAGGUCGAUAUUGAGCAUCUACCCGGGGGAAGUGUCAGUGCAGCUCUACACGCCGUAACUGCCACCGCCGCCGCACCUGCCCUCGCCGAUUCCAAAAUCGAGGAUGAGAGGGCCUGGCAAGAAAUCAUCACUAAGAGAGAGGCUGCCCGGUUGAGAAGUGGUAGUGAUGGCGCCAACUGGAGGAGGAGCCUGGAUACCGAGAGGAGUGAUUCCGAGGCCAAAUCCAGUCCUGCCGUCACACCGUAAUAGUUCUACCGUCUACAGAUGCAUUUGUUACGAAUACUGAAAUGAAGAGACCAAGGGUUCCGCACAGAGCACUCCCUCCACGGAACCAGAAUCAGGUCUCUUGGGAAUCUUGGACUUAAUAUGGGGUUUAUGGGUCAUUAUGGUGUUUUCUCCCUGGAUUGGGUUUGGGAGAUCUGGUUUGGAAUCUCAGAUUGAGAUCUGAAAGGAUAUUGAAUUCAUGUCAUUUUUUGUAUACAAGGCAUUCCCCUCAUUUGAAUGCAACGCAAUAUUUGAUCCCUCAAAGACUUCAAUCACAUGACGAUACUUGGUAUGUAGGUAGGGAAGGUAUAGGCAGAAAAGUCAACGCAUCGAUUCGUUUACUUCCCACGUUGAGAAAUGCUCAGAUCACCGACUUUAUACUCUGCGUAGGAGGAGG